UUACAUGAGGUUUUUGAGACCAGUAGCCACAUUACACUGAUUUUCGACUUCUUGGCAGGUGGUGAUCUGAAGAGUGUUUUUGAAAAGAUAGGCUGUGUAUCAGAGAUCGAUGCCAGAACUAUAAUUGCUCAGGUGUUACAAAGUGUUAGCACUUUGCACAGCCAAAACCUAGUCCAUAUGGACAUAAAAUCAGACAAUAUACUGUUAUCGAAACCAGAUUCUUUCGAUAACAUAAAGUUAUGUGAUUUCGGCCUUGCGAAGUAUUUGGAAUCGGGUGAGGAAGUGAGAACGGCACAAGGAACUUUGGAUUAUGUUCCACCAGAAGUGUUGAAGCACGAGCCGAUCACGAAGAAAUCGGAUGUCUGGUCGAUCGGAGUUUUGACUUACUACCUUGUUAGCGGAUAUACACCUUUUACAGCCAAAGCAGAUCUAGAAACGAUGGCAAACAUUAAGAAUGGUAUUUUGAAAUUUGAGGAAGAAUCAUUUCGUUCCAUUUCGGUGGAAUGUAUUGAUUUUAUAAAAUCAAUGCUUGUUGUGGAUCCAGAGUUGAGACCAACAGUGGAUGAAUUGCUGCAGCACGCAUGGCUUUCAACUGACAUAUAA